AUGGCUGGAAAGCCAACUCCUGACACUGAUGGUGUCUUUUCCGAAACCGAGCCUCAAGCGGAUAUCGUUGUCCAGCUGAAGCACCUAGCCCUGGAACCGCAAACGCAGUACAACGACGAAGUCGUCUCCAGCCCACUUCUGACGGUCCCCCUCAUCGAUAGGUCACCUCCCUCACAAUUCGGCCUCUUUGGCGCCAGCAUCUCGGGAGGUGUCACUUCAUUGGAAGCAACGCGCCUGUUCCACAACGUCGCAUGUCCCUCUAGUGUCUUCAUCUGCGGAAGCCAAGGGUCGGGGAAGAGCAACACACUCGCCUGCCUGCUUGAGAAUUGCCUCAUUCCAAGCCAGCUGGGACAGCUGCCUCAUCCCCUGACAGGGAUCGUCUUCCAUUACGACAGUUUCGUCUCGGACUCUGGCGGUUUGCCAUGUGAGGCUGCGUUCAUAGCCUCCCACGAGCAAGCUUCAGUCAGAGUCCUCUGUGCUCCCACGAAUGUCCGCACAAUCCAGAAAAUCUACAGCGGAAUACCAAAUGUCACGAUCAAGCCCUUGAAGCUGAGCGACGAUGACCUCAACACUCGUCGCAUGAACGACCUGAUGGCCGUCGGGGAAGGCGGCUCUAUGCCGCUCUACCUCCACGUAGUCAACCGUAUCCUGCGAGAUAUGCGCAUGAAGCAACAGAGAACCGGCCUCGGCUUCAGCUACGCCGAGUUCAGAAGGCUCCUGGGCCGCGAGGACUUGACUCCAGGCCAGCUAAACCCUCUGAACCAGCGUCUUGACACCCUAGAGAGCUUCAUGGCGAAGGAGACGCUCGGUUGUUCUGGGCAGUUGACAGUUGUUGACCUGUCAUGCCCUUGCGUGACUGCGGAGCUGGCUUGCUCCCUCUUCAACAUCUGCUUGUCGCUCUUCCUUGAGCAACAGUCCCCUAUCGGCCGUGUAGUUGCACUCGACGAGGCACACAAGUACAUGAAGGAGUCUGGGGAAAGCCAGGCCUUGACAAACGCACUCCUCGAAACAAUCCGGCUCCAGCGUCAUCUGGGCGUCCGAGUGCUUAUCUCAACGCAAGAACCAACAGUUUCGACGAAACUUCUCGACCUCUGCUCAAUGACGGUGGUGCAUCGUUUCACCUCCCCCGACUGGUUACGCACUCUUGGCAAGCACCUGGCGGGAAUCUCAUCCAUGUCGGUUACGGUGACGGACGAAGAGGAUGAGGUUCAGGCAGUGAGUCCGAUUCCUAUCGGAGGUAAGGACCCGAUGAUGGAGGUGUUCAGCAUGAUUGUUUCGUUGCAUACGGGACAAGCUCUGGUUUUUGCACCAAGUGCGGUGCUUGCUCUGCACGGGAAGGGUGUGAGUGAGCCGGCUGUGCUGCAGCGACUGGCCCAUCGGGCGCUGAGAGUCAUGGUUCGCUCUCGACUCACCAGAGAUGGAGGAAGAACUGUGAUGGCAAUAGGAGACAGCACAACUUGA